UCGCUUUAUUAAUCAGAUCAGCAUCUUUCCUCUGUACUCACCACAACUCUCAACGCUUCUCUCAAUCUCAAUUGCAUUGUCACACUUCCAUGGCCUUAGAUCAAAGCACGAAUCCACCGAUCAUGGAGUCAAAGACGAGACACCACCACCCUCUCCACCAGAUCGCAGACACGCCAACGCACAAGCUACUCCUUAAACAGUGGCUGAAAGAAGAAGAGCUCAUCCUCAGCCGCGUCUCCCACAAAGAAUCUCAGAUCGAUUCCGUUCGACGAGAGAUUACUCAGCUCUACAUCUUCUUCUUCCUCUUCCACUCCAUUUCCCUCCUCCUCCUCUUCCACGCCGCUUCCUCCAUCUCUUCCUCUACUUCUUCAUCAUCAGCCUGUAAGAGAUCAUGGAUCCCUUCUCUCUGCUCCCUCGUGUCUUCGCUCGGGAUCAUAUGGGCCGUGAGGUACAAGUCUGAAGUCGAGUCGCAUGCCGAGAAGUUGUUGGAGAGGGAGAGAGAAGACGCGAAGCUGUUGCGGAAGUGCGUAGAGGAGUUGAAGAAGAAAGGGGUUGAGUUUGAUUUGCUCAAGGAAGUGGACGCUCUUCGUAGGGCGAAGAGCUUGAGGGUUGAGUCGAAGUUGGUGGCUGCUGCUGUGAGGAAAUGGUCUGCGAGGGAUUUCGUGACGCUCUUCUUCUUCUCUGUUUCCUGUUUGGUUCUUGCGAUGGUUAGGCUCAUCCUCUGCGAUUAGAUUCUCUCUUGCCUUUUUUUUUCUCUUUUGUUAUACUUUGCAGUACUAUUUCAGCAGAAAGUUUCUUGUUUCUGCAAGUUUUAAUGCUUUUUUUUGGAGAAUGAUAAAGAGAAUAAAAACAUGUUUGAUCCUUUUUGUUCA